UAUCGUAUAAAACCGGCCCACCGAGCAUAAUUGGCUAUCAGUGCAGCCACAGCCAGACCCGAGUUUACACCUUUUGGUUUUUUAGUGUUUAGUUCAGUAGCCCAUCGAGAUAUCCCACGCCCAUUAGCUGAACCUACAUCAAUAUGAAGGUUACGCUUUUGCAACCGAUGGUCGCCAUCGCCAGUCUCAUCCUCCUGGCAGGGUGCCUGGCGGCGCCCGCCUCCUCGAAGAAAUCCCGAGCGGCGGCACCGGAAAGUUCCGCCGCUUCGAGCCCGUCCAAGGCAUUCGUCAUCAUUCCCGAGGAACCGGCAGCGACAGAUCGGCGCAGCAGAAGCAUCGGCUGGGAUGAUCAUCAUGGCUACAAGGAGGUGAAGGAAAUCGUUCGGACAGUUCACGUACCAGUUCCGGUUCCGGUCGAGAAACACAUCGUGGUCGAAAAGAAGGUCCCCGUACUGGUAAAACCCGUUAAAAAGUCAGGAAAGAUUGUCGUGCGCAUCAAGAAGAAGAAGCACUCGCACCGCGGUUGAAUAAAAAGGCAUGCGUCACGUUCAGUCAGUUCGUAGAAUAGGUUAAAUUAAUCAAACAAAAUUGGUCUCAGUGAGUGUAGUGUUUCUGGCUGCAGGAGCAAUAUCAAUUAGAUAUCUUUAAGAGGUUAAAGGUGUGAUAUACGAUGCAAGUUCAUCAUAAUAAGCUUUCGAGUCAUUAAAUGAAAUUGUGGAAGCUAUCACAAGAAAGUGCAAAUAAUAAUAAAAAAAAAACUUACUAAGCCCUAA